AUGGGUGUUGGUGAACUUUACGGUUUGUUUGCCUGUAUGGUAGCUCGAAGAUCAUGGAAAGCGGUUUCACAAGGGAUCAAAAAUAAGAAACUGGAUAUGGCAGAGAUAGACGAGUUGAAACUGUACGCUGGUGCGCUGAUCCCCAAAAUUAGUGAAGUGCUACAUCGGAUGCCGCGACAGAUGCUUCUUAUUCUUAAGACUAACGAUUUAAUAAGAAAUCUCGAACAUGUUUUGGGAACCGAAAGUCGUUCAGAUGCCCACAUUGAGAUGUCUAAGUGUGUGGUGCGAUCUCAUUAUGAAAUGAAGCUGAAAAAUUCUCACAGCCUUUGGGAGGCUCUAAGGAUAAAACUGAAGCUGUAUUGGGCUUUAUUCAAAAUACAUUCAUAUGAAUGGUAUCUCAUCACAAGAGAAUCAAUCCCAUUUUUACAUCUCUCUUAA